AAUGCAGCGGAUGUUAGGCUCCUGUUAAGGCUCUCUGUCCUUUUUUCUUGUUUUGGUUAGAUGCAUUCUGAAAUCUACGACGCACAGAAUGGAUCGAUUUCUCUCGGAGAGCAAGCGUAACUUGGAAAAGCUUGACGCUUUCACUAAAGUUCACGUCGUGCUGGGAAACGAAGCCUGCGAUUUGGAUUCCGCCGUGUCCGCUAUCGUCACUGCGUAUUUGCUGCAUGAGCUCCAGCCGGUCGCGACGUUACUCGUCGUCCCCGUGCUCAACAUCGCGAGGAAAGACGUCAAACUGCGGACGGAGAUCACGUAUUUCUUCGAACAAGUGGACAUCUCGCUAGACACGCUGGUGUGCCGGGAUGAAAUUGACCUGAAGAAACUUCUCGCUCAGUCCAAGUUGUCACUGACCCUUGUGGAUCACAAUCUUUUGCCCAAAGAAGAUGCUGACUUGCAACCUGCAGUCCAGGAGAUCAUUGACCACCACAGGUUGGAAACAUCUCACAGGUGUGACAAGACAGUUGAAAUGGUUGGAUCAUGCUGCACACUGGUAGCCGAGAAAGUUUUGCACUCCAAGCCAGAGCUUUUCACCCCUCAGGUUGCUCUUUUGCUUUACGGCACAAUACUCCUGGACACAGUGUGCCUCUCCGAGUCUGCUCGGAGAACGACAGCCAAGGACUUGGAAAUGGUGUCCAAGUUGCAGGCAGUGCUUCCCGACCUCAACAAGGAGGAAGUCUUCAAGCCACUGUGUAGAGCUAAGUCCAAUGUUGAAGGCUUGACUUUGGAUGAGCUCCUUCGCAAGGACCUCAAGGUUGUUUGCUCAUCCGCAAAGCGCAUAGCAUUAUCAUCGGUGCCUGCAGAAUUAAAGAGCAUCUGUCAGGAGAACACUAUGGAGGCAGAGCUGGGCAAGUUCUGCAAGACGCACGGCUACAGUGCACUCAUCAUCCUCACCAUAGCUGUUGAUGAGAAAAGCAAUUCGGUACAGAGGCAGCUAGCAGUCUUCUCUCCAGACAUUGUGCUCAAGCAGCAGUUGACGUCGACACUAUUGGCUGUGGGAGACCCAUCUCUGGAUCUCCAGGUUUCGCACAUGUCUACAGACCACCUCAUCACGUUUGUCCAAGGCAACACGCAAGCUUCGAGAAAAGUCAUUCUUCCGGUUGUGAGAAAGUUCCUCAACACCCUUGAUGAUAACAUUCUGCCCAAGAUGAAUGAGCAUUGCCCCCAGACAAAUGGAACUCUCAGUGUGAACAAUCAACCUUGUGCACCAACAACUGCAAGCAGUCCUGAGGACACGGCAUUACGGGACCCCCCUUUCUCGCCUUCGGAUUCUUCAAAUAGCAUGUCUGAAACUGCAAAAGAUGGGGUUUCUUGCAGAGGCACAGAAAAGGUGAACGAUGAAAGCUUCAGUGCAGCGGUUGAGGCCGAUGUACCUAGUCAAGCCGCCUUCCUCUACCGAGCCCAGACGGUGGACUUCCCUGACAGCCCACACCUGAGGUCUGCGCAGAGGAAAACUGGUUCCACCUGUGGUGAAGAUGAAACAGAUGAUGAAGUUUUGUCUAGAGGAGACCACACGUCAAUUUCUGAUGCUCGAAGAGCAUUUUCCUGUUCCUCAACACCAGCCCAUGUAAGCAACCUUGAGUUGAGCCAGCCUUUGAGCCUGGCUUCGGAGUUGGAAGAAUACUAUGAGGACAGCCUCCUGAGCGGGAGACUGGCCGUUCCGAAUUUAGAAAAGUCACCCGUGUCGGCUCCCCUUGCAAGUUGCUCAUCCAGUCCUGAGUUUGAGGCCGACAAUGAAGCUGAGCCUGUGUCGAUACACAGCUUAGGUUUUUCGUCGCACGACGACGACUCCUAUGCCCUGGUCAGACACUCGACGCCCAACGCGAGCAAGACUUCGCUAGACCCUGCAGCCGAGCAGUAUUCAGACGACGUGGCUCGCAUUAAUCUACACAACCUGCCUCCUCCCUUGGAGAACGGCAACUCUUUUCUUUUCGAGGAGAAGGCUUCCGGGGAAUUGCCGGACGAAGACCUUGUCGCCAAGAUUAGGAGUUGCUUCGACGAGGCGAAAAUCAAAGAUGGCUACGUUCUGAGCGGCCGGCUACAGGACUUACUGACCCCGAAGGAAGUGGACGAGAUCGUCAACAACUAUGUGUCGUACUCCAGCUUCAUAGACGACAACAUCUUAGAGGCUGUUGUGGAAAUGGCGGGAGGGAGCCUGAGGAACGGCAGCGGUUGUCAGAGUCGAGAGAAGAAAGUGAUUGUGCCAAACUUGGAGCCGUUUGCGGACGACUCGAGCGACAUUGUAGUUGUUGCUUACGAGGAGGACAGUAGCUUUAGCCUCCGCAGCAACGGCAACAAGACGGCGAGCCUUGAAAAGAAGAGUCUAGCUCACCGCGGGGGUGGCGACACCCAUGACAAUCCGGCGGCCGAGACCUUCCACUCCUUGAAGAGGAUAGACGUUGAGGAGUUUGUCCUGAAAAAGCUGGAUAUGCUUCCCGGUACUGGAACCGCAAACAGAUUCGUGGCUGACUCGUCUCGUAGUUUGUCAUCACUGCCCGCUGACCUCUCUCGGGAGGACGAAGAGGUCAAGGUGAACGCUGCCCGCUCAGAUCCAGAACUGCCAGUCAUGGCCCUUCCAGAACAACCCUUGAACGGCAGCGCUGCUGUUGCUACUGCUGUGGACUCUCUACCCGAGUUUGUUUCUGAAGAAACGCAGCAGGAAGAUGACUACAGUGCCCCAGCAGAGAGACCCUCCAGCCUGAGUGGUGCUAACAGGAGCAGGCGCAAGAUUAAAGUGAACCCAGACAUCCUUCGUGCCCAGAUCGGUCUUGACGAUGACCAGAAGAGCCUCUCGUCGAUGAGCAACAAGAGUGACGGAGAUGUCUUCUCACCUGCGGACGACCUGGCAACGCCAGAUAUCGAGACUCCUGAUGAACUGGGUGACUCAGUACUGGGAAGAGAUGACUCGACCCUGAGUGACUCAAUUCCUGAGAUGUCUGCUCGAGAAGAGUACGCAGAGGAGAGAAGCUGGAAGACUUGCAACGUGGGUGGUGUCGAGCGCAAGAUUGACAUGAGGGUGAUUGAGCCCUACAAGAAGGUGCUAUCGCAUGGAGGCUACUUUGGGGAGGAUCAUCAAGCCAUCAUUGUGUUCAGCGCAUGUCACCUGCCUGAUCGGUGCCGGAGAGACUACGACUAUGUCAUGGAUAAUCUGUUCCUAUACGUGUUGUCUACGUUAGACCAACUCGUGGUUGAGAGCUACGUCCUGAUAUACCUUCAUGGAGCCACUGAGCGCAGCAAGAUGCCCAGCUUUGGCUGGCUCAAGCGCUGCUACCAAAUGAUUGACAGAAGGUUGCGGAAAAACUUGAAGGGGCUUUAUCUUGUGCAUCCCACAUUCUGGCUAAAGACUAUCGUCAUUAUGACCAGGCCUUUUAUCAGCUCAAAGUUUAGCAGGAAACUGCGUUUUGUAUAUAGCCUCGAAGAGUUGUCAUGGGUGGUACCACUAGACCACGUGUGCAUACCUGACAAAGUGAAGCAAUUGGAGUUUGAUAACAUGAUCAAGGAGAAGAAGAGAAAACUGGGGAGCAAGAAGGUUCUUCCAGGACCAAGGCAGGUCACGGAUGACGCAUCUUAGCAGCUGUGUUGCCCGUAGCACCCGGUGGGCCGAUGAAGCAGGUGCUUUGUCAAAACUAUAGUCAUUGUGGGUAUGGCAGUCGUUGUGACUUCUAGCUCCUCAGCACUGUACAGAGUAGACCCUUAGCACUCGCAUUCAUUUGACUUAGUUGUACAGCUGAUGUGUUUGUUGGCUCGUACUAUGUAAGCUUGUAAACCAUCCAAGAAUGAGAAGCUGUAAGAUGUGAGUAAACGAUGUCAAGACCUUGAAAUUUUAUUUGAAAGUAUGAUUUUAAUUUUUAUACAGUUUAAGAUAUAUUUAUAGAAACGAAAGGCUGUCAUCGCAAAAUGUGUGACCCCCCUUGUGAUUUUUGUGGAUUUACGCCACCGAGUAUGGCAGUCGUUGCGACUUUUAGCUCCUCAGCACUGUACAGAGUAGAGACCCUUAGCACUCGCAUUCAUUUGACUUAGUUGUACAGCUGAUGUGUUUGUUGGCUCGUACUAUGUAAGCUUGUAAACCAUCCAAGAAUGAGAAGCUGUAAGUUGCGACUAGACGAUGUCAAGACCUUGAAGUUAUAUUCGAAAGUAUGAUUUUAAUUUUUAUAUAAUUUAAAGUAUGUUUAUAGAAACAAAAUGGCUGCCAUCGCAAAAUGUGCAACCCCCCUUGCGAUUUUUGUGGAUUUACGCCACCGAGUAUGGCAGUCGUUGUGACUUCUAGCUUCUCAGCACUGUAUAGAGUAGAGACCCUUAGCACUCGCAUUCAUUUGACUUAGUUGUACAGCUGAUGUGUUUGUUGGCUCGUACUAUAUAUAAGCUUGAAAACGAGCUAAGAAUGAGGAGCUGUAAGUUGCGAGUAGACUAUGUCGAGACCUGGGAAUGCAUGUAUUUAUAUUGUGUUUGCAAAAAUAAGUGUGUUUCUUCCUAAUGUUCUUUUAUGUGCUUUUUUCUUCGCAGCUUCCACAGAAAGCUGCGCUUUAAAAUAUGUGCCGGCUAGCUCAUAUGCUUCAAUGACAUCAAAUUUUACCUUUUGUAUAUUAAGUGCACAGAAAUGUACAGUUACUAACUUUUGUCAAAGAAGGUCACAUGUAUAAUUUUAUGAGGGAGUGUAAAAAACAAAAACAAAAAAACUAGAUGGUGCUGCACAUAAGGACUGAAGAUACUUUUAGCACUGCUUCUAUGCUACGCUUCUUACCAAACAUAUCAUUGCUGCCUGUACAUCCGUUUUGUAAGUGUGCAGUGCUGAAUGCAUUCGUUGUUCAUAAAGCACCUUAUGAGAUUUUUCGCUGAUGUGUUGUAGCUUUUGUAGGUGAACUAAGUUUCUAAUCAGCCAGUGGUGUAGCACUGAGUGCUAUUCAAGUCAUUGAACUUAGCAGUACUAUCUCGACUGUGUGAGCAGUGGCAGUGCUUAUUGUAUGUACAUCAUGCCUAAGCGGUCUUGGUGCCGGUGUUAUUUCUGAGAAAAAAAAAAAACCGUUGCUGUUACAAGAGCUUGUUUCUAGUUGCAGAGUUUAUAGAGUAGUUGACUGUUAACCCAGAGUUGUUUGCACUUAGUAUUCCGAAGCACCAACUUGCCAGCAUGCCUCCACGUGCAUGUUUCGUUUCCACUCAACUGUUGUGCGCUGAAUGUGCCAGCAAACACGGGCCCUCAAGUAUUGAAAACACACAUAUAACCUGUUCAAUCUUCCUAUCCUAGCACUGUUGUUUGUUGUAGUUCCGAUAAUAGUCAAGACAGACAUAUAUUUUGUAUGUGCACUUACCAUGUUGGAACAGCACCCAUUGGGCACGCACUAUCAUAGACCUGAAUCCAAGAAUACUGGUGUUUGUGCAAAAGAUGUGUUCGGGAUGUUUUUAGGCAGCACAAGGUAAUGUCAGGAACUGUUGACAGGAAUUCAAUAAAAAUGUUCAUGUUAUCCCAUGGAAUUAUCUAAUGAGCUCGGGUAGAUUUGUUGUUACAACAGGUUUCCCUACAUGGCUGGGAAGGCACCAGUACUUUGCCACUGCUUGUUCCACUUGCAUGUUUUGUUUUGUUAUGACUAGCGCGUGUGCGAAAGCUCUUUCGACUGCUUUGAGCUUGCAUUACAGCGCGAUGCUGGCCUGUGCCUGAAAUUUUGCAUGCUUUCAUAAUUGCAGCACGCAUAGUUAGUUGUUGGCGACUACCUGAAAUUUGCUUGAGACCUAGAGGAGUUGCAUGUUUUAAGACUAUAGUUGCUGCGCGAUGGUGUUCACGGCUCUUGUCUGCCGCAUUGCUCGUCCGCACUAGUGGGAUAACAAGUCUAAGGCAAGAACACUCCUGUAGGUGAAAGGUAUACAAUAAUGUUUGAGCUUUGUUGCAGUACAAUAAGCAUUGUUAAUUGCUGCUCUCAAGAUGUUAUUAAACUGUUUGUAGCUCAGUACUUAAACACCUGUGAGGGCCUGAUCAAACUGUAGGCUAGUUGUUGGAGACAUUAUUUCCUGUACUCAGAAAAGUGUAACCAGUGGACCGUUCAAUAAAAGAAGAAAU